GCUCUGCUCAUAGGAUCAAACUUCCCAAGUCCAUGUUCGUGACCAGGAUUCCAAAUCGAGGUAUAUAGCUUCAAAGCCAAUCAAGCACUUCCCAAAAGUCACGUUAUAGCUGAAAGCGACACGAUUCAGUGUAAAUUUGCAGACAAAGCGGAUCUGUUCGAUAUUGGGUGGAAAUAUGCAGCACCAGAGGAGGUAUUGGUGUGAAUCAUGCGUGCGUAGUAACGAAUAAAUAGGCAGUGCACGCUCUAAAUAUCAGCAAAUCAAACGUACUUCACCUAAAAGGUCACCGUGGAUGGGAUUUUGUAGACAAUAGAUAUUCAAAACCCUGUGUUUCUUAGUGUCAAAAGCGCACCAGACGUUGCGUCGCCAAAGGACUUUAUUUGAUCGUCCUCGCAUAGUUUCUUUUUUGGACUCUACUUGGGUCACCUGUACCCAUCCUGAGCACGGGGUGAUGGCGGCGUCUGCACCUUCCUCCUCUGGCGGGGAACCGGAUCCCAACUCGACAAAUUUACGACCACCAGGCACAAGCUAUGACGCUUGGUGUGGAGUUGCCCAUGGAUGUACUAGAAAAUUGGGAAUGAAGAUAUGUGGAUUUUUGCAGAAGAACAAUAACCUCGAGGAGAAGAUUAGUUCCUUCAAGGAAAGAUCGUCUAAGGACCUGCUUGAUAACAGCGACAGGGAUUCCCGUUUCAGACGCACGGAGACGGACUUUUCCAAUCUGUUUGCUAGAGAUUUAUUACCAGCCAAAAAUGGAGAGGAGCCAACCAUGCAGUUCUUGUUGGAGGUGGUGGAUAUUCUCACAAACUACGUCCGGAAGACCUUCGACAGAUCCACCAAGGUCCUGGACUUCCACCACCCCCACCAGCUGCUGGAGGGCAUGGAGGGCUUCAACCUGGAGCUGUCCGACCAGCCUGAGUCUCUGGAGCAGAUCCUGGUGGACUGCAGGGAUACCCUGAAGUAUGGCGUGAGAACAGGUCACCCCAGGUUUUUCAAUCAGCUCUCCACUGGUUUAGACAUCAUUGGGUUAGCAGGAGAAUGGCUCACCUCCACCGCAAACACAAACAUGUUCACCUAUGAGAUCGCUCCAGUCUUUGUGCUCAUGGAGCAGCUGACGCUGAAGAAGAUGAGGGAGAUCAUUGGCUGGCCUGAUGGAGAGGGCGAUGGGAUAUUCUCACCAGGUGGAGCGAUAUCCAACAUGUACAGUGUGAUGACCGCCCGCUACAAGUUCUUCCCUGAAGUCAAGACCAAAGGCAUGACCGCUGCCCCCAGACUGGUGCUCUUCACCUCCGAGCAUAGCCACUACUCUAUAAAGAAAGCCUGUGCUGCUCUGGGCUUUGGAACAGAAAACCUGAUCCUGCUGAGCACAGAUGAGAGAGGGAGAGUCAUUCCUGCUGAUUUGGAAGCCAAGGUCAUCGAUGCCAAGGCGCGGGGUUGUGUCCCAAUGUUUGUGAAUGCUACAGCUGGUUCCACAGUGUAUGGAGCGUUCGACCCCAUCCAUGAGAUUGCAGACAUCUGCGAGAAAUACAACAUGUGGCUACAUGUUGAUGGUGCAUGGGGAGGAGGCCUACUGAUGUCCAGGAAGCACAGGCACAAGCUGCGUGGCGUGGAGAGGGCCAACUCAGUCACCUGGAACCCUCACAAGAUGAUGGGUGUGCCACUGCAGUGCUCUGCCAUUCUGGUCAGAGAGAGGGGAGUUUUAUCAGGCUGCAACUCAAUGUGUGCUGGCUACCUCUUCCAACCUGACAAACAGUAUGAUGUAUCGUACGACACGGGGGAUAAGGCCAUCCAGUGUGGACGACACGUAGAUAUCUUCAAAUUCUGGCUCAUGUGGAAAGCAAAGGGAACGGUAGGGUUUGAACACCACAUCGACAAGUGCUUGGACCUCUCGCAUUAUCUCUACACUAAAAUCAGGGACCGUGAGGGCUAUCAGAUGGUGUUCGAGGGAGAGCCCCAGCACACAAAUGUCUGCUUCUGGUACCUUCCGCCAGGCAUUCGUGACAUGCCCGAUGGUCAAGAGAGGCGGGACAGGUUGCAUAAGGUGGCCCCCAAGAUCAAAGCGUUGAUGAUGGAGUCUGGAACUACCAUGGUGGGCUACCAGCCUCAGGGAGACAAGGUCAACUUCUUCCGCAUGGUCAUCUCCAAUCCUGCCGCCACCAGGUCAGAUAUCGACUUCUUGACCGAUGAGAUUGAGAGACUGGGGCAUGACUUGUGAGGGCCACGCUCAGUAGGAGGAUGUUGCCCUUUGACCUUUCCGUCUCAGCUUUGUCAUGUCUAGCUCGAAAAAGACCCUGAACUACAGCAAGCUUCAUAUUCCUGUUGUCUCUUGACCAAUCAUGUAGGACUUUGAAACUUCAGCUGCUUGUAGGACUUUUUUUUAGGUAAGCUGUGGUCCGUCUCAUGUGUUUCCUGUCUGUUCUGUCUUUUAGCAGUGACUAUGCCAUUGUUAGAUUUAACUGUAACUAUUGUACAGUAUUGUAGCCUACAUAAGAGAAUACAUAUUCACAUCCUGAGUGACCUUGAGAGAUCUUUUUCAGUAGGCGACAGAGCACAAUGCAAAGGACCUCAUGGCAUAGAUGUAUACAGUAUUGUAAUAUACUGUAUAUAUACUGUAUACCGAGAUAUAAACAGUAUAUUAUAAUGUACUGACUAUUGGUGCUGUGUGUUGUCCAUGUAAUUAUUAGGCCAGAUGCACCAUAUGAAACACUGCAUUAUAUCCUGGCUGUUCUUCCCCUUUCAUAUUAAGUAGAGGGAAUAUUACACAGUCAUUGUAACAGGUACUGUAUUCUGUUGCUGCGUUUUUAGAGAUAAUGAAUUUUGUGAAGAUUGUGUAUAGUAUUGUUACAUUGCUUUUGUGGCAAAUAUAUAUAUCCUAGUUUUUCAGUAACACAUGUUCCAAUGACUAUAAAAAUUAAUAGACAAAUCACUUUAUUUAUAUCAAGAAAGUAUAUGUGUGAAAUAGUUAUCUAUUCCAUUUGUAAUGUGUCCUUACUUAUAUUUUGAAACAGUACUGUAUAUUACCCAAAUGUUUUGAAUAAUGAUAUUAAAGGUAUUUUAGUGUACUUGUGAACCAAAGAAGGGUAUGCUUACAAAUAUAUAUGUAAAUACAGCCCUUAAUAUAACUAAUAGAUGGAUUAAGAUAUUUAUAUAGUAAUAUGUAACUCAGUCACCACCCUUAACCUUAGUGCAUUCUAUGUUGUGUAAAUGUAAUAUGUCUUUGUGAAUCACACUGACCGAAUGUUAUAAAGUCACGCGACUCGCUGUGGGAGGGAAGCUGAGCUCCGUCAGUAGAUUUGCUGGUGCUUUAUUUUGUGAGAAGCACAAUGCUAAGCUAUCUGGGGAAAUAUUUGACCCUAGGGACGAAGGAUUGUUUCUAUUUUAACAGUUGCACAUUGUAGAGCGUUUACUUUGUUUUGAAGUAUUUCAUUUCAUGAAGGGGGGCCAUUCCUCAAAUGAAUCACCUUUCAAAUCUAUAAACUAUGUCAUGGAUUUGUUGGGGUCUUUACAUGAUCCACAUGUGCACAGUUUAAUCCUGUGAGAACCGACGUGUUGUGAAAGACCAAUUGUCUGUCGUUGAGAUGUUGAUUUAAACAAACCAAAUGCACAGUUGUGAUGAUGAUUCUGUUGUUUCUGUGAUAAGAUACAUUGAAUACAUUCCUCAGUGGGGUGGAUGUCCCCUGUCGAGGCAGGCACUUUAACCUCAUACCAUGUGCAGUGCAUUGCUGUCCUAUUUACAGCAGAAACAAAAAAAUCUCAGCUUUUAAAAAAAGAACGUGGGGGGGGGGGGCAUGUUUUUGGCUGUUCUUUGUUAACGAGGUCCAAUGAUCAUCUGCUACGCAUCCGCACUGUUGAAAUAAAUCUGUGGCUGUGAGUCUGCUCGACUUGA